GACCACGUUAGCUAUGAUGAAGUGGACGAUCACGACGUCUGUUCGUUAAUUUUCGGCCUGCUUCGUUAAGUCUUCAUAAAACUAGCUUAGCGAGCUGCGUCGGGUUAACCAGAGUUCAGCGAUGCUACAAAGCGCUACAAAGAUCAAACGGAUCGUCUCUGGUGCGUUUAGGGCCCGCACAACGUCGGUAUAGUCGAGCUCGCGACACUCGAACUUCGAUAACCGCGAAAAUCUCUCCGUGUGCUGUGGCGCGCGGCGCUACGCCGGCGUUCUAGAACACGUCUGGGGCACGAGCACGCUGGAAGUGAUGCCGCGCGGCCGCCGUGCAGACAUCGCCUUAAUAUGAGCACAGAACCAAGGCCCCAAGCUGCUUUCGUCCAGGUCCACCAGAACGCAGCAGAACCAGACGCCCCCAACGCCGCGCUCUUCCACCUUUUCCAAGAAGUCUCCAAGCUCGCGUCCGCCACGCAGCACGGUUUGCUGGACGCGCGCGCUCCUUCCGUAUGGCUUGAGGAGACGACCCGGCGGGGCGGGUUCAUCGCGGCGACGGAGGAUGGUGCGCGCUCGUUUCAGCCCUGCCAGCACCGCUUGUCCCACGUGUUGGCCCGCGGCCCGGUGAGCGGCGCCGGGGAGGGCGGUCGCGCCACCGAGUUCACAGCAGGGGGUCUGUGCGAAUGCAGCAGCCCCUGGAAAGUCCUGAGUCUGAUCAACCUGCAGUGCGAGAGGCUGAUGCGUCGACGCGGCGCCGACGCGUCGGCCCACGGCACCGCGACCUCUGCCACAAACGUGCCCAAAGACCACGCACCCGUCCAACCGCGGACGGCGUCCACGGAUGCCGCAGAGCGGGGCUGUGCGAGACCCGCGGAGGGACGGGACCAAAGAGUUCAACCGCAGCUGCAGGAAGACGCAGCGCCACCUCCUCAGAAUCGGCACGCGUUCAUCACUAAGCAGGACGUUUUGUCCCAUAAUGCGUUGCCCAGCGCGUCCCAACAGACCAUGCUGACUUUUCAGUUGAAUGAAGAUGCAGAAGUAGCUUUGUCUAAACAACCAUUUACACUUGACUGCAAUGAAAAUAUAGUUUUGACUGCGGAGCCCUUGUUUGACACUCAGCUGCCACCUCCCAGCUCCAUGCUGCCUGCUUCUCCCUCCUUUAGAGCUGUAGAGUGCCCGGAACCGGGCCUUGAAACCACUGGGCCUGAACCGGAAUGCACACAUUCUGCCACAGAGGAAGACUUUCCAUCCGUUUCAGCACAAGCGCAGUCCCAGAGUGCGUGUUCCGCAGCUUCAAAACAAGAUCCCCGGGAGCUGUCCCAGCAGUGGAGAGCCAAGACUCCGAGGAAACAGCCGCAUCCCAGCCGAAGCGUUGACAUCCAGGACCCAGACUUGCAGGGAGUGACGUUCCGGAUGGACACGGAAGUGGAUGACAGCCGGGAACAGUGUCGGCUCCUCAUAACCUCGAAGUACAGGAAGGACCUCUGCAAGAGUGUGAGAAAACCGAGGCUGAGGACGCGAGCGUCCCAGAAAUCUCUAAAAAGUAGCAGCUCAGAAGAAGAGAGUGACCCGGCAAAUGUUUCAAAAGACAAAGUCUGUGCAUCGUGCUGCACCAGGAAGACCCCCAUGUGGCGGGAUGCAGAGGAUGGAACCCCACUCUGUAAUGCUUGUGGGAUAAGGUAUAAGAAGUACAGGGUGCGCUGUGUCAACUGCUGGCACAUUCCCAGGAAAGAAGGCAACUCAAACUCCUGCUGCCUCAAGUGUGGUAACUUUGUGAAGCUGGCGUCGACUCAGAGGAAGCACAACACCUAGAACACGUCCAGACCAAAGGAUUUUACGUGACGACGUUCUGCCCACGCAAGUGUGGAAGCUUCCUCCUGCUGGGCUCAGUAUGACUGCACUGAUGAAGACUUUGGUUAAGCCCUUUGAGUUAUUUGGGACAAAUUAUUUGGCUGCUGCAACACUGAAUCUAAAUACUAAGCAUUUCACCUCUUUUGACCUCAGCAGGCAGACUGUUCAGUACCGGUGCUAUUAUUUGCACAAAUUAAAGUUAUUUGUGUUUAUUUUCCUUGUUUCUAAUUGUGGGUGUAGUGUCUAGAUGUUAGGUUUGGUGGUGGUCACACUGGUGCAUUGAUGUGUAGUGCUGCAUGCUGUUUUCUGUGUGGGGGGGGAGAAAUAGAUAUCUUUUUUUUGGACAGGCUUGGUCUGUAUUAAAUUAAAUAUAAAUAUAAAACCUC